CACACAGCGUUCGAGAUAGUGGGGGGUGGCGGGGUGUGUGGCUGAUUUUGCUGCGCGGCGGUCAGCUAUGGCAGAAAUUCAGCGACACCCUGCACGCAAGCCACAGCGGGCAACAGAGCCUGGCGCGGGUCGCCGCAGCUAUCUCCACGUGACCGCCCAAGUAAACAAGCAAGCAGCUGCUUCUGCUCUACAACAAGCCUGGGUGGUGAAAGACGGAACCAAACACAACCAUGGCGCCUGGUAUGUAUCCUAUUUUUCUUCUGGUUUUAGCACUACUGUACAGAAUAGAACCUACAGAAAUAUCAAUGCUAACUUAUGCCCAGGAACACAAUUCGAACUUACACCGCCUCCCGGCGAUGCGGUUUCCGCAAUCAAGUUUGCGCCAGACGUCAACAACAAGCUGUUAGUGUCGUGCUGGGACAAGAAUGUGUACUAUUACGAAGUCGACACGUCAAACACGGGCCGAUCUACACUUUUGCAGCGUAUUGGGCACAAAGCUCCCGUUCUUGAUGCCUGCUUCGGUGACGACCACACAGUGGCUUUCUCCGGUGGUCUGGACUGGGCAGUACACAGACUCGAUCUAAACACUGGUGAUAUGACCGUCCUCAGCAAGCACACAGCCCCCGUCCGAUCCGUCUGCUACAGCGCCAGACACGGAAUCCUUGUAUCCGCGUCAUGGGACUGUAGUCUCAACCUCCACAACCUCCGCGACCCUUCUAGCACCCCGAUCCGAAUCCCUCUUCCAGCCAAGCCCCAGGCCGUCUCCAUGAGCCCGUCCAAGGUGGUCGUCGCCAUGACGGGCCGCAUCAUCAACAUCUACGACCUCGACUCGAUAACAAAACUCUUCGCCACAGGCGGCACCGAGCUCAAGCCCUGGCAGCAGCGCGAAUCCUCCCUCCGAUACCUCACCCGCGCUGUGUCCUGCAUGCCCGACGACGCCGGCUACGUUACCAGCAGCAUUGAAGGCCGCGCCGCGGUCGAAUGGUUCGAAGACACACCAGAGGUGCAAGCCCGCAAAUACGCCUUCAAAUGCCAUCGACAGCCCGCGACCGAUUUUGAAGGCGACAUGAUAUACCCUGUCAACAGUCUUGCCUUCCACCCGAUCCACGGCACCUUUGCGACUGGUGGCGGUGAUGGCGCCGUUGCACUGUGGGAUGCCGACGCCAAGCGACGAUUGAGACUAUACCCGAAGCUCUCGCAGAGCGUUGCUGCCGUUGCUUUCGCAUCGGACGGAAAAUACAUGGCUGUGGGCAUCUGUCCCGGCUUCGAGACUGGUGCCGAGGAUUACUCUGGCGCGGGGAAGACGUCUGUGACUGUGCGUGAGUUGGCUGAGGCCGAGACCAAGCCGAAGGCAAAAUAAAAGGACUGGGGGCAAGCGAGUAUGACAAUUAUUUUUAAUUACAGAUGUGAUGUACGAAUCCGAAUCGGCGUUCGGGAAGUUCUGAUGGGAAACCUUUUGCAAAUAUUUGAAUACACUAUCAAUGAAUCAUAACUGCAUUCUACUAGACGACAUCGUCUUGUGGACCUAAUUUCCCGGCGCUAUUGAGCCCAUCAGCGGAGUAUAGCUGACGUCUACUGGCUCUAUUGAAGGAGGAAGAAGCUCCAGCUCCCCGAAUGAGGGCAGGCUGAUUCGUUUGCUAUCUCUCACGGGGUCGUAAAUGACUCGACGUUUGUAAUUUGCCGUCUUUGGUGCCGCUACCUCCGAUUUGUCUUUGAUCUGUGUUGUUGAAGGCCGAUUGAACAGCCUUGGUCUACCCAUCCAUACUUCGUGCUCCUCGAAUCCAUCACGGCAUUGGAACUGGGGCGCCUUUCGUAGCAUUUCGUUCCAGGGUACGGCUUGUAUUGGGAUAUAAUCUCGGAUUCUGACACCUUUUCGAAACGAAAACUUGCCGUGUACUUGGAUGUCUCGCUCGGCGUGAGGCGGAAGUGGCUGAAGUUGCUUCACGAUGCAGGCUGUUGUCUUAUUUUGUUCGCUAUCCGGUGCUAUUGGUGGUAAUACAACGUCCCCAUCUAGGACUUCUUCAAUUUCAAAUGAAUCUAUAUUAAGUUAGGGCGUGAGAGACGGUUAGGCGAUGCUGGUCAAUUACUAGGAUCAUCGUCACCGCGAAACUUGAGUUUCCAUUCGUGACGGCGUGUUGGGAACUUCGAUCACUUCGCAUGUCGGAGUGGGCAAAGUCGAUAUAGCCGACGCCGUCUGUUUCGCUAUAGAGGUAUCGGUAGACGUAUAUAGCACGUUUUCAUCUGUUUUUGAGUGUAUUAUAGGAUUAGGAGGGUCUGGUAGGGGCUGGAUGGUUGGACAUGGGUCACUCAGACUUCGCCGUAGUGGCAGUGGGAGCCGGGAAGCGAACAUAGUCUCUAUUAUGGCACUUUCUGUUUCACGAACCAGAGAAUAGAAGAUGUAAC